GACGUUUCUAACUUGCAGAAAGGAUGCCAGUAGCUCUCAAAUCUGUUUUUAUUGUAUUGUCUGCAGUGGUGAUAGAAAGUCAUUCCCUUCACCAAAAUUUUUCCAAUAAAACACCAGACAUUACUGAAGAUGCAAAAAUGAAAGCAAAUUACGAUGCACUAGUUGUUCAAAGUCGAGAGACGCCUAACAUUUUAACCGUUGGAGGACCAGUAGCGGCAGGUUUAGCUUUUGUUGGGCUGAAUUUAGCUUUUAUCUCUCUUCUCGUCCCUUUUGUAGUAACGGCUGUGGCAAUUGGAGAACGAAGAAACUACCAAUCAGAUGAUGAUUAUAAUUCGCUACCAAACCAAUUGGAUAAUAUGCGUAAUCUUUAUGGAUGGGAUACGAAAGAAACUGAUUUUUCAAAAAGGUCAUUUUCAAAUAAAAAUGCAGAUGUUGAAGAUAAGGUAACAAGAUAUGGAGAAAGGCGACGAACGGAGAAAGACAAUAUAAAACACCACUAA